AUGGCUGAAUUGCCGUUGCAGGAGCAGGCCAAUAAAGGGAGUUUGGCUGCAGCUGCGACCACAAAAUAUCCGAAUUACUUGGCAGACCGUGAACUAUGUAGGCGUUUUUUCGAGGAAUUCCGAGAUACGUCUGGCAGUUUGAAGUAUAUGGAGAUGUCAAAAAGUAUAGCUCGUAGAGACUUAAAAAUUUUUAGAGUACACUUAGACGAGAUAGCGUCUCACGGACAGUUGUAUCUUGCUCAGCGGAUACAAAUGAAUGUCAUGGGUUAUUCUGAAGAAAUGUGCCGCGUCAUUGAUGACCUCAUCCCGCAGACGGAGAUAGUAGAAGACAUGAUUGAUUAUCUGUUAAUCGAGGCGAAGGCCGUUGGCCAAUCGUUACCUUUCUUAUUGACAAGGAGAUACGAACUUGUCAUUGUGCCAUUGAGUGGCUAUGCUGAACCGAUUUCUCUGCGACAUUUAAAAGGUAGUUUAAUCGGCACUCUUGUGGUGUUGCGUGGUAUUUGUAUCGCAGCAACUGCGGUUCGACCUAAGCUUUCGAUGCUGGUUUCUGUUUGUGAGGUGUGUGCUGAAACAACCUUUCAACAGGUGAUUGGGGAUCGUCUCACUCCGCUUAUGGUGUGCCAAUCGCAACGUUGCAAACUAAAUAAUACCAUAGGCCGUCUACUUCCUCAAUACAAAGCUAGUAAAUUCACCAAGUACCAGGAGCUUCGGCUUCAGGAGCUUCCACAGGAUGUUCCUCGAGGUGCAAUUCCACGCACUACUCGUGUUAUUUGUGAAGGUGAACAGACACGGAUCGCCUCUCCAGGGCAGGUAGUUAAAAUUACCGGAACAUAUUGUCCUGAUCCUUCUACCGGGCAGGGCCAUGAGGCAUUUAGAGCUUCUACAAUGGUAAAGACGCUAUUUCGUGCCUUGCAUAUUGAACUAGAAAGAAGAACUUACCAGGAGGCGGCAGAGGAUCUUAAAUCGCAGGUAGAGAAUGUGCGGAAUUAUCCAGAUAAGGAGGCUAUAAUUGAAAAACUAACUCGGAGUGUGGCACCUGAAAUUUGGGGGAUGGAAGACGUGAAAAAGGCGUUACUCUGUUUGCUGGUAGGCGGUAGCUCUAUUGCCAAUGACAUCCGUAUCCGAAGUGAUAUCAACAUCUGCUUAAUGGGGGAUCCUGGAGUGGCAAAAAGUCAGCUGUUAAAGUGGAUUGCCUCUGUAGCACCACGUUCUGUUUUCACUACAGGGAAAGGCAGUUCUGGUGUAGGAUUAACAGCCGCGGUAACGAGAGAUAGUCAUACAGGAGAAGUUAUGCUGGAAGGUGGUGCUUUGGUUUUAUCUGACAAGGGCAUAUGCUGCAUUGAUGAGUUUGACAAGAUGGAUGACGCCGACCGAACGGCAUUGCAUGAGGUCAUGGAGCAGCAACUUGUAUCUAUUGCGAAAGCUGGUAUUAUUACUUCGUUAAACGCGAGAGCAUCUAUUUUAGCUGCGUCCAACCCAAAGUAUGGUCGCUGGCGUCGCAACCUCACCCCAAGCGAAAAUGUCAAUCUCCCACCUGCCUUACUUUCUCGUUUUGACAUCUUAUGGCUGUUGUUGGAUGAAUCAAACCGUGAAAGAGAUGCAGAACUCUCUAUGCAUGUGACUCACGUUCAUCUUCAUGGGGUGGCCCCUGGGACAGUGACAGAUAAUGGCUUUGAUGGCUCUUUCUCGGAAUAUUUUGGAAAAGAUUUUUUACGAGCCUACAUUGGUGAGGUUAAGCGAAUUCAUCCUUUUGUUGACAGUGCUGCGGCGAAAGCCAUUAGUGAUAUUUACUGUGAAAUGCGAUCACAAAGUGUGCGUCACAGGAAUGUAGUCACAGCGCGUACGCUGCUUAGUAUCAUUCGUCUCUCUCAGGCGUGUGCUCGUCUUCGGUUUUCAGAGCGUGUUCUUGAGGCGGAUGUUAGAGAGGCUGGGCGGCUGUUGGACUGCAGUAAAAUAUCUUUGCAGGUGCGAGCAGACCCAAAUGGUCGACGUGCGGUGACAACGUCGGAUGCCGCAAUUUUUUCAACGAUUAAGGAGCUGGCUCGUUCUCGGACGACUAUUGACCUGGCGGAGGUGCGCCCAACUCUCAUGAUUAAGGGCGUGGAUGAGGCGCACCUUCAGCGGUGCCUGCACACUUACAUGGAGGUCGGUGUGUGGGAGGUUAACGGAAACGUUAUUGAGUUUUCACAGGAGUGA